GGAGUGGGAGAACGGGCAGGAGAGGGACGAGAAAGAAAGAAAAAAGGAGAUCAAGCUGCUGCUACGACACCACUAGCUGGCUAAAGAGAAAGGGCGAAUUGGUUGUGGCAGACUGGUUGGACGGAGCAUAAUCAGCCAUUCUUUUCCAACAGCGGAUAGUUUUUUUAUAUAUUUUUUGGUCUAUAUUGUACUUAGCUAGCUAAUCUAGCUAUGUGCAUGUAGUUUUGUUCAUGGAGGAGAGUGCAGAAGCCAACGGCACGCUGGGGUUCCUGCUGAGGAACUGCCUUUUUAAAAUAGUUGGCUGAUUGUUGUCGUUGUUGUUGCUAACAAGACGGCUAGCUAACGAGCUAAUGUUACAUUACUACGGCUAAAAAGACUUUUCUCCGACUGCGUUGGUGCAAAAAGGUAGCUAAACCAAGUUAUCUAAUUUAAUUUCAGUCUUUGUGCGUUUUAACAGUUGGCUAACAUUAGCUAAACGUCAUUUCCCUUUCCAGACUCCUAUUUAGCAAGCUAUCAUACUAGCCAAUAUAGCUAUUGUAGUGCUGCGGGCCAGCUAAUGUUACUUUCGAAUUAAUUUCCCCUGUUUGUUCGCUAGUUUAUUCAUAAAACUCUUGAGAUAACGGUUCGUUAACUGGCUACAUGUGCGUUUAACAGGUAAAUAUAUUAUUGUUCUGAUAUCUAUUCCCCAACAAUAUUGGUCUGUGUGCGGUCGGCUGGCUAGAUAAGUUAAGAUAGCUAGCGUAGCCUACUAUUUUAAUUAGCUUUUAGGUAGCUGGCUGGUGGUUUCACGAACGAUGCACUGGUCACGGUCUCGUAGAAGCUACUUCGCAGUUUUCGAAAACAAUAACGUUAAAUUGUUUUGACGAAACACUGAACUACCGCGUGUGGGAUGCCGAAUGUAAUUGGCAUUGGAUACCUUGUAUGUUGCUACCUUUUUUGUUCUGUAUGAAUUUUUUCCUUUGCUCUGCAAGAAAAGCAUUUACGGCUUUGCAUUGAGAGACUAGUGUGUUAGCGCGCUAGUUUGUAUUUGUAGCCCUUUUCUUUCCUGGCUGUGGUGGCAGUAUGCAAUAACUAGCUACAAUACUGUUCCUUUAAUUUAAAAUAUACCUGAAGAAAAUUUCCAUAUCCUUCGCACACCUGUCAUUUUUGCUCCUUUAUUUUGUUCCCUUGGCUUUAGAGUCAUAUAAGUAGCUAGCUCGUGUUUUUUUUAGCUAUCUAAGGGAGGGCCGUGGUGUGCUUGUAUAGACUUUUCUUUUCUACAAUUGUUUUUGCUCGGGUUCUGUGCAAAGACGACGGCGAAAUUUUUCUGAAACUAUGGAUGAUCAGACCCGUAUACUGACGGGUCUUACCGGACUCGCGGGAUUACAGCCACCCGACCUGGGCGACCCAGACUCCGUUCGGAAGCAGCAGUCCCUCGGUCAGCCGCAGCAAGACAUUGGGGACAUUCUUCAACAGAUCAUGGCUAUUACGGACGAAAGCCUCGACGAAGCGCAGGCCAGGAAGCAUGCCCUGAACUGCCACCGGAUGAAGCCGGCCCUCUUCAGUGUGCUGUGUGAGAUAAAGGAGAAGACAGUGCUCAGUAUCCGGGGGAUACAGGAGGAGGACCCCCCCGACCCCCAGAUCAUGCGCCUGGACAACAUGUUGCUGGCCGAGGGCGUGUCCGGGCCGGAGAAGGGUGGCGGCUCGGCGGCGGCGGCGGCUGCAGCGGCGGCGGCGGGCGGGUCGCCGAACGACGGCAGCAUCGAGCACUCGGACUACCGGGCCAAACUGGCCCAGAUUCGCCAGAUCUACCACUCUGAGCUGGAGAAAUACGAGCAGGCGUGCAGCGAGUUCACUAACCACGUGAUGAACCUGCUGCGGGAGCAGUCUCGAACCCGGCCCAUCUCGCCCAAGGAGAUCGAGCGCAUGGUGGGCAUCAUCCACCGCAAGUUCAGCACCAUCCAGAUGCAGCUCAAGCAGAGCACCUGCGAGGCCGUCAUGAUCCUGCGCUCCCGCUUCCUCGACGCCAGGCGCAAGCGACGCAACUUCAACAAGCAGGCCACCGAGGUGCUGAACGAGUACUUCUACUCCCACCUGUCGAACCCCUACCCCAGCGAGGAGGCCAAGGAGGAACUGGCCAAGAAGUGCGCCAUCACAGUCUCUCAGGUUUCUAACUGGUUUGGAAACAAGAGGAUUCGGUACAAGAAGAACAUCGGCAAGUUCCAGGAAGAAGCCAACCUCUACGCCGUCAAGACCGCCGUGGACGCAGCCAGCGUGUCGGCUCAGGCCAGCCAGGCGAACUCUCCGGCGACGCCCAACUCAGGUGGAUACCCUGCUCCGUGCUACACGCCUGACGGCCGGCUAUGAGGGCCUGUCAGGAUGAGUUCCGUACCCCCCCCGAGCGCCUAGACGACAGCACCAAUCCUUCCAUCACGACUCCUGCAGGAGCCCCCCGGCAGCAUCCACUCAGCCACCUCCAAAUGCGAGAAGGCUCCGCCCACCACUGCUCCACUAACCCCUCCCCUUUCCUGUGACAAGGCGCCAACCACCACUGACUCCUCCCCUUUCCGCUGACCUCUCUCCUUCCCUUUUUGAUGUGGCAUCGACCGCAGACUCCUGUUGGGUCCUCUUAACUCCCCUGAGACGGGCACCGCUCACUCUUCCUCGUUCCUCUGGGCCUAUCCCCUCUCUCCGUGGCAUGGCCGCUGACCAAUGGCCACUGACUCCUCCCCUUUCCUCUGAAAGCUUCCAGUUCCCUUUCCCUUCUGCUUAAGACCACCCCGACUCCAGCUCUUCCCUCGGCUGUCUCUCAUUGGAACCUUGAUAUGUCCCCACCUCUCAAGAACAUAUGAGCUGGACUGUGAUUGGACAGUAAUGCGGUUAUCCCUGGCCUCAAAGGAGGAAGUGUUGGAGAAGUGGGUGACAGCAGAGGGGAGGGGGGGGUGACGACCCCGAGUCGAGAACGAGCUGCUCAUCUACCUAGAGACCUCUGGGGCAAACAGACUCUUGUGGACACACUCAAACGGUGUGUGUCCGCACCCGUUAGACUACACACACGUCUCACUUCCACAAAUUGUGUUAACAUUUUAAGGCUGUAUUAAUUGCUGUGGUGAAUGUUUGCAGGGAGAGUUGUUUUGUGUGUGUGUGUGUGUGUGCGCGCGCGUGCAUGUAUGCGCGUGUGCGCAAGGGAGUAUGCGUGCACACGCGCGUGUGUAACGGCAAACCCUUGCUGUUUCCAUGGAGACGCUUCCAUCUCAUAGGGAGCUUUGCCCCUCCCACUUGUACCAAAGUGCUGCAUACUCUUGAACUUAAACCAGUCUGACGAGCAGAACCCCAGGCGUCUUUUCUCCGCUGUGCCAUUGCUGUUACUUUUUAUCCCAUACUGUUACUUCACCCGUCCCAGUUCUGCGACUAUUAGCUGAUUUACUGUUGCUUCUGCCCCCGUGCCAGUACAUUACCAUCUCUCCAAUACUGUUACCGUGACACCCACGGGUGCUCGCACGUUCAUAGUCACGCUCACGCACACGCACUGAUAUAUACACACGUGUGUGUGUGUGUGUGUGUGUGUACAUACACGCGCGUACCUCCUGCAGUUCUUCAAAGCAAUGCAGGAUCAGGCAGCAGUGUACAUGCAGGGCAACGUGAGGGUGUGGCUGUUGAGGGUGUGGCUCUUUUGUGCGGAACAUGAGGAAGGGCGGGGCGGGGAAUGUUCGUUUGGCUUCUUGAUGAAUAGUUUUGGGAAGCUGCGAGUUGUUUUUUAAGCCUUUUAAUAACAUUGCUUUUUCUUUUUUUUUUUUUUUUUUUUUUUUAAGUCGAUAGUAGCUUUUUUCUAAUGCUGUUUCACAAAGAAUGCACCAGCCACCAAAUAAAACCUAGUUUGAAAUAACAUUAACUGCGGUAUGUUUCGAAAGGAAGCGUUAGGUAAAGAUGAUAGACAAAGCAGAAAAAAAUGUGACUGUCUUCCUUGCAUGUAGGCCUAUGAUGUGUUAUAGUGAUCGUGUUCAUUUUCUUUCAGUUUUUUUCUUUCUUAUUUUGCAAUAGACAAAAAAACCUACAAAGAGGAAAAAAAAAAAAAAAAAAAGACAAUGACCAAAAAUGAACACAUUCGUGAUGCACCUGUAAACCACGUCACUCAGCAGAUCAUGGAGGCUUGUGCUGCUCCACAUUUUUAUACCCGUUCCUUACAUGCACCCCCCCGCCACCAGAGGGCGGUAUUCGAGUUCAGCGAGUCGAAUCCUCUGCUGGGUCCGGAUCCCUUACUACCCAUGAUCCAGAGGCGGUAACAACCCACUGCUCUCUGUGAUGUUAAAGCCAAAAAUACUUCUGCUGUUCAUGUAACUCAUACUCCAUAAACGCUGGUUUUGAUGUCGGACUCUCUCUGUUUUGGGGUAGGGGAGAAAGAAAAUCUGUGGAAUGGUUUAUGUUGGUUAGUGUGUAUUGUACGUUAUCUUCCUGACUUGUUUAGGUCAAUGUUUUUUUCUUUUUCUUUUUUUCCUUCUGGUCAAUAUAUUUUUUUGGUGGGGGGGUUCAGUUACCCUAAUGGGAUUACCUUAGCGUGUUUCCUGGACCCAUGCUUCUGAACAGCUGGGCCUGAUCACAAGGAGGCAGCACACGUGUCCAGUACGGCCGUGCUGUCCCUCGCUGUUAAGAUCUUACUCCGCUCGACAGGCCUUAGGAGCUUUAUAAAAACUUCAGCAGUAAACAAAUGCUGUCCGGUCCCUCCAAAUCCAUUUAACAGAAAUCUCACAGUAAGGGCUUUUCUUGAAUUUGAAUUUGAAUUUGACCAAAAAAAAAAACCAACAGUUAAACUGCAUAUAAUGGCUCACCUCUAUAGCAGCUGUCUUCAGCGCAAGUCAGCUGCUUCAGACUUCAUCCUGGCUGUGUCUGCAGGUGAAGACUUAGCAGUUUUACAGUGUUGAUAAGGGGGGAGGUAUACAUAUCACUGUAGCUCAAUGGACUAAAUCACAUCGGAGUGUAAGUUAUUGGUCUAUACAAUGUACCACUGAUGAGCAAAUGUGGCAUAGGAAACAAAAACAAAAAACCUACUUAACCAUGGUAACCUUGUCCUUCGUUUUUUUAAGUACACAAUAUACUGUCGUAGUGAUGCUUUUACUGCACCAAACUAAUUUCUUUUAUUUCUUUUUUUUUCUAUGCCACUUGUGUGGAUAUCACUGUACGAAUUGUGGAAUGUUUCAUUGCUUUUUUGUAUUGGGUUUUAAAAAAAUCAUUUUAGCAAAUUUAUUUUUGCCUUUAUUGGGCUCUUUAAACAGGAGCAAUGUAUGUUUUUUUUUUUGUUUUUUUUUAAUGCCUUUUUAUUUUUUAUUGUGGCACAUUUCUUUUUUGAUUGUUUCUCCUGAUGUGUGGUGGUUAUGGGACUGGUAGUUUGAUUUUGGUGCUGUGAGGGCUCCCAUUGGACCACUGGUCAUGACCUAUUGGUGCUGUGUACACUCUCAUUGGACAGCUGAUCAUGACCUGUUGGUGCUGUCUGUACCCCCAAUUGGACCGCUGAUCAUGACCUAUUGAUGCUGUGUAUACACCCAUUGGGUCACUGGUCAUGACCUGUUUAUGCAGAGUGUACUCUUAUUGGGCCACUGGUCAUGACCUGCUUUUUGACCUACAUGCUUUUAGAACAUGAUAUUUGUGUCAUCAGUUAUUGGGGUUUGUGAACGAUGUUGCUCAAUAGUUACAUCCAAAUUUUUUCUCUCAGAACAGUGCGAUUUAGGCCCCUCAGUUUGCAUUUUUCUUUACAAUGUUUGUUUUUUGAGAACCCGCGAGUGUAUUUUACCCCCCCCACACACACACACACACACACACACACACACUCUCUCUUCCAAAGAUCAACAGAACUUUUUCCACAGUUUAACAUUCUCCUGUGCACAUAAUGUGUUCGUCACCUUGGCAAAGUGUCGUCAUAAAGGUUUUUUUUUUCUUUCUUUUUUUUUUUUUUUUUGGUUUUGGGGGGGGGUGGGGGGGAGCUUUGCAUUAAAUGUUCAUGUUGUUCCAUGUCCACUGAGCUGUAAAAAUGAUUCUGGCUGUAAUUUCCUGAACGAACACCUGUAGCCAGGAAGUGUUGUUUGUUGACCCACAGCACCAAAUCAGAUGAAGCAGAUCCCUGUCGCCUCUAUAUUUUUUGGUUUUGUUAGUCCCCCCCCCCCCCUUUUCUGCAUUCACCCAUUCCCUGUCCCUGCCUCCUGUCUUUCUCUACCUCUCUCCCUCCCUCCAUCUCUCUUGUACAUAGACGUCAUCACUUCCAGACUGAAGAGUCUGUAUUAACUCCUUUUAUACCUCAACUUUAGGAGAUCUGUUCUAGGAAGAGAUUAAAGCAAAAGUAAAAAAAAAAAGAAAAAAAAUAUGACAACCAAUGUAGUGUUCCUUAUUAGAAAAAAAAAACUAAUAAAGAAUAGUGUGCUUUUUUGUGGGAAUAGUUAUUUUGGGGUGUUUGCUUCUUUUAAUGGGAACAAUGGUCUUUAGCCACUACAUCUAAGCUAUUGUGACAUUUAAAAAUAUUAAUAAAAAAUAUAAAGGA